UCCCUGUUUCUGCACCGUGUAGUGGAGGACAGUUUUUCUUUUAAUUCUUUGAAUUACAAGUAAGAAAUAGAGCUCUAUUGUGGGUGUAGGUUUAAUUUUUGUCAGGUUGACAUGUUAAGAGAUAGGGAUAAAGGUUAUGGAACAAUUAACUUUCUCGACAUAAGUUUGGAUGAAUACCGCCCAGAGGAGAAUGAAGGACUUGAUUACAAGACGGUUAUGGGAAGAAUGCAUGCUAUACUAUCAGAUGGAACUGUGGUGACAGAUGUUGAGCUCUACGAAGCAGUUGGGUUACGAUGGGUGUAUGCCAUUACAAAAUAUGAACCUGUUGCAACUAUUGCUGAUACCGUGUAUGGAGUCUGGGCAAAAUAUCGUCUUCAAAUAACAGGUCGACCAUCUCUAGAAGAAGUUCUGGAGGUAUGAAGGAAGAAGGAGAUGUGUGAGGACAGCAAGGCUUGCAAAAUGUAAGAGUUUCAAAUUGCUGGAGCCUGCAGGUGUUCAUCAAUACUCGGAUCUACUUCAAGCUGAUAUGGUGUACAAAUGUGAAAGACCUUAUAGUUGC